AUGAAGCUCAUCGUCGUCGGCGCCACCGGCCUCAUCGGCACCGAAGUCAUCCGCCAAGCCCUCUCCCACAACUCCGUCACCUCCGUCGUCGCUCUCGGCCGCCGUCCGACGCUCCCGCCCACGAGCAUCACCACCGGGCCGACCCUUGCGAAGCUCCAUUCCGUGACCCUCGAGGACUUUACCAACUACCCGGACGACGUCAAGAGCCAGCUCUCCGGUGCCGACGCCUGCAUCUGGCUCCUGGCCGUCACGCCGAGGGCGUCCAAGGCGAUGGACUUUGAGCUCGUCAAGAAGAUCUGCGUCGACUACGUCAUGGAGGGCUUCAGGACGCUCAAGGAGCUGCCCCGGCCCGAGGGCGGCAAGCCCUUGCGCUUCGUCUACGCCAGCGGCGCCAAGGCAGAGCGCGACCAGACCAAGAAGCCCUGGAUUCUCGGAGACUACACACUGAUACGGGGCCGCAUCGAAACUCAACUCUUAGAUGCCACCAAGGAGUCGGCCGGCGUCAUGGAGACGUGCCUCCUCCGCCUGGGACUGGUCAAAUCCCCCGAGCGGAUGGGCCUCGUCACUGGGAUGCUGGCGGGCGCCGCUGCCGGCGUGAUCGGCCUCCCGCUCAUUGACAUCCGCGAGAUUGGCGCCGCGACCGUCAGCGCCGCGGUGCACGGCUUCGACAAGGACACGCUGGACAAUGACGACCUCAUCGCCAUGGGCCGCAAGGAGCUCCAGGAGAUUGGCGAGACGCCGAGCACAUGA